GUGCCGGCAAUACGCAGGCUUGCUGCAAGUAAGUAACGAUCGAAUUUGCCAGCGCUACGCAUCACUGCAUUCCUACGAAACCAGCCUGCACGCCGUCGAGCAGCCAUGUGGUGCUACUACCCCGGAGCCUGGGACAUGGCUCUCAUUGCGACAGCAAUAGCGGCCGCAGGCGUCGGCCUGGGCCUGCGCGAGCGCUGGCAGAAGCAACCGAAGCACAAUGCGAAGGAGAAGCGGCGCCCACCUACAAGGCUGCGCGGCCGCGUCGCGGCGCUCGGCGCCGCGCUCCUCGUAAUCUUCCUCUACGCCAGCUACGAGGACAGCCGCUUCACCGCCAUGGAGGAUACGUACGAGCAAAAGCCGCACAAGGCCGAGAAGGAAGCUUGUAGAUGCACCACCACAUCUUGUUUGCGGAAUGCGCUCGAACACCAACAUACAUUAUUCCGGCCGCCCCAUUUCUGGCUCGGCGGCUGCCAGAAGUGCGGCACGACGUCGAUGUACGACUUGUUAUCAAAGCAUCCCCAGAUCAUUGCGCCGACGCCCAAGGAACCUGGUUAUUUUGCCUUACCAUCACCACUACGAUCACUACGAGCAAGGUGGUACGUCCGCGACGUGCUGCAACUUUCCACAAUAUGUGACAAAGGCAUGAAGCGUGUCGCGACCUUUGAUGGGACGGCCUAUUACUUGCAAUGGGAUUAUUCAGCGGCAUUGGCCUUACGACAGGCCGCACCUUGGGCCAAGCUCGUGAUUAUCCUGCGGGAACCGAUCACGCGGGCCAUGUCCUGGCUCCAGCACAUGAACAUGAAGUUUCCUUUGGUGCCGAAUUGUCUGAGGUCGCGGUCGAUGGACUGCUGUGUGAGGCAAAGGUGGUUUUUGAGGGGGAACCACCAUCUAGGCGGGUCGUUGUAUGAUGCCCAUCUCCAAAAGUGGCUCGCGGCGGGCUGGCCCUUGGAGCAGUUCCUCAUUAUAAAAUUCGAGGACUUAUUUGAGGACGAUGGUGCCUCACAUGUCUAUGGGCGCAUCCUGGACUUUGUAGGGUUGCAAGCACAUAACCUGUCUUCUACCACACCGUCGAAUCGAAGAAGUACUGUACCUUACGAGGUGCUGCCCGACGCUUAUGAUGAUAUGGUCGAUAUUGUCAAAGAUGACGUCGCGUCGCUCGAAAGACGGUUGGGUCGGAGCUUCGGCUGGGCCGACAUUUGGAAGACGCAGCGCUCGCAAUGUAAGCGCGACGGCGUCUGCCGCGUCGACCUGAUCCCUCGGGCGCCGGCGUCGUCGCGGCCGCCGGGGUCGCGGCGGUUCCCGGGGUCGCGUCCGCCGGGCUAAGGGCUGUUGUUCUGUAUUAGUCGAGAGUCGGG